CAUCUCUCCUUCCGAGAACUAGGGUGGAUAUAUCGGUGUCUCUCUCUCUCUCUCUCUCUUCGUGUCUUCCCCUUCCCGCAAGUUAACUCGGAGGCCACGUAACUCCAGCCCUGCCACCCCCGUACUCCGUCGUCGUCGUCGCCGCCGCCGCCCACGACCUCCUCUCCGACUGUCGCGCGCGAUGCUCUUCCAGCAUCCCAUCGUCUGUUCUCCGUCUAUCUUUUUCCGUGGUGUCGUCGCGGUACCCGGGGCAAACUUACACGAUCCGAGAGUGCGCGAUCUCGCGAAAACCACCCGAUAUAUAUUUUACCCAAAGUGCCAGGAAGCUGGAGGAGAGAGCGUCGUCGUGUCGGUGAGGCGAUCAUGCUAGAGACAAGCUGAUGACUUUCGCGACGUCUGCAAUGAUGUGACAAUAAAGAUACCUCCUCCUACUCUCUGCUAACUGGGGAUCCUCCCUAUUACACACAGUGCUUCCCAAUAACACACACGAUCCGAGGAUCACGCGCAAAGAAAAAAAAAGCAACGCCAAAUCGUCAGCCGUGGUCGGCGUCGUUGAAAAUCGGUGCCAAAAGUCGACACAGACAAGCCAUAAGAGCCAACCCCGCGAAAGUGUGUCAAAGAGGAAUUGAAGAGGGUGGAACGGAGAGAGAUAUAAAGCGAACAGAAAAACAGAGAAAAAACGAGACAAAAAGAAAAAGAUAUAUAGACGUAGUAGUACGGGGGAUCAGACGGAUAUCCCGAGGACCUGAGGGGGAAAAAGAAAAGAUACGUGAGGCCAGGAACGUGUUAAGGCGUGUCGUGCCAGAAACACAAACAAGCAUCACGAGUACAGAGGGUGGUGUGGUGACGCAGAGUGGUGGUGGUGGUGGUGGCGGGGCAAGGCAAGGCAGGUGGCAGGAUCUAAGCCGGAAUAAGAGCAGUUAGAAUGGGCAACAAGCUUUCCUGCAGUUGCGCACCCCUGAUCAGAUCAAAGACGUAUCGUUACGAGGACAGCCCAUGGCAGCAAGGUGCCAGGGGCGGGAUGGGCGGCGGAGGACGCAGGGGUGACACUGGCCACUUGCUCAGGUGCGGAAGCUUAAGAGAGAGGAAGAGGCUGUGGGCCGAAGUGUUCCAUGUAAACUCGAGCGGAGCUGGCACUGUCAAGUGGCAGCAGGUGUCCGAAGAUCUGGUCCCGGUGAACAUCACUUGCAUCCAGGAUUCGCCGGAAUGCGUCUUCCAUAUCACCGCAUACAACAGCCAGGUCGAUAAGAUCCUAGAUGUGCGGUUGGUCCAACCAGGUACGCGCAUCGGCCAAGCAUCAGAAUGCUUCGUUUACUGGAAGGACACAGUCACAAAUGAUACAUGGGGGCUGAACUUUACGUCUCCCAUAGACGCAAAGCAAUUCAGAGAAUGCUGCUCACCGUCGUUCAAGAUUUCAAGGAAAGCGUCCUCUUCUUACUCGUUGAAGCUCGAGCCACCGAACAAGCAGAAGAUCAAAACACGCCGAAAGCCACUGUCGACCCCGGCCUCACCCAGCCGAUCCAGAGAACCUCAGUGUACCUGUAUGACGCCGGAACAGUUUGCCAGGCUACGUAGCCAGGAUCCCAGAUAUCGAAGCCCGUGCGGACCGUCUACGCUUCCACGGACCAUGGCGCGAUCUACGGAGAUGGAAAUGACGCCGGGACGAGAUAAGAUAACAGCGGCCACAUCCAGCGCAUCUCUCUACGACAACGUCAACAAUCCUAGCGCGACACCCGGAAAAACACCAAAAGCUGGCGACUCGGCCAAACAGAAGGAUAAACAGAAUGAAACGUGUCAGACAACCCCGAAGACUGCCAAUAUUGGAAUUGGAACUGUUACGGUUGGAUCGCAGAUCGACAGUCCUGACGAGAAAAGUUCCACGAUAUCGCCGAAGAAGCAGAAGCAGAGUCAGGACUCGUCAACGCAACAGAACGGUACCGAGAUGCUGAAGUCAGAGGGCACCCAGGCUGGUGGUACCCUACAGAGUAAAUUGCAUCUACGCAAAGAGCAACUGCACCAUACCAAGUCGGCCGACUAUACCGAGUUGGAGAUGCAGAACGGUAAUCUCUUCAAUAUCGUCAAUAACAAUCAUGGUCACAGAUCGAAGAGCAAGAGCACCGAUGACAUGCGGAUCGAGAACGCGCAAAACGGCGGCAUCAGUCUUGACUCGAACACCUUGAAGCGCAUGCUGAAGCCAAUGCCAAGCAUUGACAGUCCGGUAACGUCGCCGGAAAUGACGAGGAAACGUCACAGCAGCCAUCACAGUUAUCACUACCAUCCGAGCAAUAACAAUCAGAAGUACAUGAUGCAGGAGGUUGACAACGAGAAUUACGCGCACCCCUAUCGCGCGCCCUACAACAAUAAGUUUCAGGGAUCCCGAAGCGUCCAUGAUAUGAGCCGGCAAUAUACUGGCGGCAGAGGCAGGACGUACUUAGAUUCGGAACGUAAUCGGUGCACAGGUGACAUGUCGCCGCCCUCGGACAAUGUCAUCUUCGACAACCAGUGCUACGCGACCACGCCGAGCUCGUCGAACGGCAACUCCGACAUGGAGCAGCCGAAUCACUGCAACUCCCGUCGUUGCAACGGCGGCCAGACAUAUCAGCAGCAGAACAUGCAGUCGGUGUCGACUCCGGGCAGCCCGACCAGCCGGCUGCUCCUCGAGUACGAGAUGCAUCUCAGGAACACUCUGGCCAAGGGUAUGGACGCGGAGAGUUACAGCCUGCGUACGUUCGAAGCUCUGCUCACGCAGAGCAUGGAGAACUUGGAAUUUGCGGAAAACAUACCGUUGAACGUUCAGCGUACACCUCACGUUUCACGAAGACGUUCCAGUUCCAAUAAGUCAUCGACUUUGCCGCUAUCGUAUCGCUAUUGCAAUGAAAGACAGAACAGCAAGGAUAGCCGAGAUGGCUAUUAUAGCGACCGUAAUGAGAUAGUGAGAGAGAAGCGAGAACGAGAUCCUGAUCGAGAUCGCGGCUAUCUCAGCGACUACAAUUCUAGAUGCGCCAGCUGCAUUGGGGAAUCCGCACGUGCACAAUGGUUUCGACAUUCUGACGGAUGGCAAUCCGGUAGCUCAACUCUCGGCUCCGGCGCUUCGAGUUCGAUAAAUCCAGGGUAUUCGGGAUACAAGAGAGAAUCACCCUGGGAUUCUCUCCCAUCUUUGAGACACGAGGGCAGCCUCAACGACAGUGGUUAUAAAUCCAACCGAACUGAUUCUCUUGAACACAGAGGUACUUUCGACAGACAGGACAGCGUCAGAUCCGAUUAUAUGUCCGACCGGGAUGGCAGAUACGGAAUCGUUCAACAAGCCUCGUUGGAGAGCACCGACUCAAGGCUCUGCUACUUGACGUCUUCGGAGAUGUCAGACGAUGAUAGGAUGUCACUCACCACCGCCGUCAGCGACGAUGACGACGGCGAGAGUGUCAUAAAUUCGCCCUAUCGUGGAAAGCAGACUGGCACAGCUGCGGCUUCGUUCAAUUGCACCGGUGCAGUUCGAAAAGCAGGAUUUCUCAGUGUGAAGAAAUGGCUGCUGCGCAAAAAGCAUCAGAUCGAGCUAGCCAGGAAGAGAGGCUGGAAGGGUUAUUGGGUCUGUCUGAAGGGCACCACGCUCCUCUUCUACCCCUGCGAUUCUCAGGAAAGCAGGGCCAUGGAAGCGGCACCUAAACAUCUGAUCAUCGUCGAUGGUGCGAUUAUGCAGCCGAUUCCCGAACAUCCGAAGAGGGAUUAUAUAUUUUGCCUCAGCACCGCUUUCGGGGAUGCCUAUCUAUUCCAGGCGCCGUGCCAAGUGGAGCUGGAAAAUUGGGUGAAUAGUAUUCAUUCGGCGUGCGCCGCCGCGUUCGCGCGUCAUCGCGGCAAGACUGGCACGUUGCAUCUUCUGCAGGAGGAGAUCUUCCGUCUGGAGAAAGCGAUCGAGUCGGACCACAAGAUGAAACAUAUGGCGGAUCUCCAGCAAUCAGUGGUUUCCGACGUCGACACCAAGCAGCAAAUCAACAAUCAAAUAGUACAAUGGGAAGAGAAUCUGGAACGGCUCCAUUGCGAGCAGUUCCGUUUGCGGUGCUAUAUGGCUAGUUUGCAGAGUGGCGAACUGCCUAAUCCGAAGAGUCUACUGACGCACGUAUCUCGCGCCACGAAGCAGACGUUGAACAAGCUGGGCGUCUUCACAGUAUCGUCCUUCCACGCGUUCAUCUGCGCGCGUAGUCCAUCCUUGCUGAAUAAUUUAUUGGCGGGUCGCGGAGCGACAAAGAGAAGACCGCCGCUGCUGUCGAGGUCGAACAGCGGCUCCAGCAGACGCUCGCUGCAGAUCUCGUCCAGGGACGAGGAGAAGAGUGUCAAGGUGUCCGUGCCGGAAAAUCAGGUACGAUCGUCAGGACAUCGGCUCGUCUCGGUGUUCCUGCGCGACGCCAUGACCGUGGAAGAGUUUCUGGCAAGCGCGUGCACCAGGAAAAACCUCAAUCCGAUGGAGCACUUUGUGCGCGUCAAGAAGCGCCGAGAUAUGGAGGACCACAACUAUUUUGUGCCACAUAGGACUGAUUUGAUAGAAACCUAUUUGCAUACGCAUGAAAUCGUGGAAGUCUGUGCCAAGAUUUUAUAUCAAGUGGAAUUGCAAAGAAAUACUUUAGAGCAAAUGUGGGGCUUCUCCGUCGAGGCCGAGCUCAUAGAAAACUCCGACAGACAGGAUGAGCUCUGCUGCUACGUUAGUAGAGUGGAAGACAAGAGCGUCGCCAUGCAAAAUGGAAUCAUUAAGGGUGAUGAGAUUAUGGUAAUCAACGGCGCCAUUGUGAGCGACCUGGAUAUGAUGUACUUGGAGAGCGUCCUACAAGAGGAGGUGGGUCUUUGUAUGAUGAUGCGAUCCUCCAGGACGGAGCCACCAGAUCUCACGGGUAUUAUGCGAGUCACUGAUGAUAUAAUCGAGAGUCUGGUCUGCCCGCCGCCACCUACUGAUCCGCCAGUCAUCAGCGAGGAAAUGAUUUCCGGUCUCAUUGUGCCGGCACCCGGAUGGAGCAAGGAAAAUAUUAUGCAGGACUGCUCGGCCGCUCACAUGGAGAACAGCAAACAGACCUCGCGUACCAAUUCAUUCGAGAUUGAAAAUCUUUUGAAGACUGCUGAACAGGUGACAGGGAUCUGCCGUUCUCCGGGAGAGACUAGGAAAUCGAGUCCCACCGGAAGCGUCGUCAGUUCCCAUUCGCAAGCUCUUACACCCAGCCGGCAGCUUAGCGACGCUGAGAAGCUGAAGAAAGUGAUUCUAGAACUGAUUGAGACUGAACGGACUUACGUAAAGAAUUUAAAUAAUUUGCUGGAGAACUAUUUGGAACCCCUUAAACGCGAGACCUUCCUGUCGAACGCGGAGAUCAACGCGCUGUUUGGUAAUAUUCAGGAAAUCGUCACGUUUCAACGACAGUUCCUGCAGAAUCUCGAUCACGCCAUCGAGAUGGAGGCCGAUUUUAAUAGCUUCGACCAUCCGAGUCAAUUUAAGGGAGUCCUGUUUUCCAUUGGAAGUGCCUUCUUAUAUUACGUAAAUCACUUCAAGCUAUACAGCUCGUUUUGCGCCAGUCACUCAAAGGCUCAGAAAGUUUUACAUCCAAACGAGGGAAAUCAAGCUUUACAAGAGUUCCUGCAAGCGAGAAAUCCUCGGCAGCAACACUCGUCGACUUUAGAAUCGUACUUGAUAAAACCUAUACAAAGAAUACUCAAAUAUCCGCUGCUGUUACAGCAGCUUAGAAAUCUCACUGAUGAACGAAGCGAAGAACACCAACAUUUGAUCGAGGCGCUCAAAGGCAUGGAAAAGGUGGCAGAGCACAUAAACGAGAUGCAGAGAAUUCACGAAGAGUACGGAGCUAUUUUCGACCAUCUGUUCAGACAACACCAAAAAUCCUGCAAACAGCCGAUCGACUUAAGUCCAGGCGAUCUUUUAUACUACGGCGGCGUCGAGUGGCUCAAUAUUUCCGAUUUUCUUGGCAAGAUAAAGAAGGGUCUCGAAUUACACGCAAUGUGUUUCGUAUUUAAAUCAGCCGUCGUGUUCUUGUGCAAAGAAAGAUUGAGACAAAAGAAGAAACUCAUGGGAGUUUCGACUAAAGCUAACUCCAGCGAGGUGGAAAUCAUUCGUUAUCAGGUACUGAUUCCGGUGACGGAAGUCCAGGUCAGGGCCAGUUCUGCCAAGGACAUGGAGUCCCACUUCUUAUGGGAAUUGAUUCAUCUAAGAAGUCAAUUACAGAGGAGAUCAGAGAAAGUAUACGUGCUCUCCAACAGUACGACGGAAUUCCGAAACGCGUUCUUGAAGACAAUCCGACAGAUCAUCCGAGAGUCGGUGAGGAAUAUGAGCAUACCCUCGACGAAGGGCCACCAUCCUCAUCCGAUAUCGCUGACCCCGCGUAUGUCGACCGGUCACGUGGAAAAAUUUGACAAGCAGCAGGCUAGGGAACAAGCUCAAAACGGAAAUGGCAUACCCACGGGCACGCUCUCGAAGAAGGCGAUGAAGCAGCAACUGCUGGCCAGUUCGCACAAGCGAAAGUACAGUCAUUCCAAACAGCCGGUGGAGCAUGAGAGCUCGGAGGAUAAGGACCAGGAAGACGCGCCGGUCGUCCAGCAGCAGACCUUUCGUUCCAGGAGCAAAACCAUAAGUGACACUUCCGGCGAGAUGAAAGUCGAAAUGGAUUCGGGUACAAAGUCGGAAGGCGAGGAAGAUUCGCAAGCUUUUUUAGGCGAAAAGAAGACCAAUCUCGGUCGCACACCUAAUCAUCUGACGCUCAGCACCACGUCGACUAUCUCGGCGGGGAGCACUGGCAGCCAGGCUAGAUUGAUCCAGUCCUCCCAUCAGCCCGAGAAUUACCAGCCCAUUACCGUCAAGGAACUUGGUUCGCCGAUCUGGAAACCACGGGAGCUACCCUCCCUGGGGGAGGCGACCACGUUGCCGCGCAAGGGUAAGUCGGCAGGCGAGUUCGCGGAUAUGAGCUCGAGCCAUAGCGCCUCCCGAAAAUCUCUGAUAGAAAUCAACAAUUGUGCUCAACAACCUAACUUUAAUAAUCACGUUUAAGUUGAUAUAAUAUCGAGGCUGACUCGUUAACGAGGUAAUAUCGUUAUAAGUUCUACCACAUCAUCAUUAAACACAACCGACACCCAACCAUCACCACCACCAUUACCAAGCGUAAUACACAGAGAUAAUUGUCCAAUUAUUACGAUUGUCACGAUAUCGAGACGCGUCCGCCGUUCACGUGGAAAUUCAUGGAAAAGACUGCACUUUCUCCCUCCGCUCUCUUCCUCGUUUUGUCUUCCAGCAGGAUUUCGUAUGUGCUUGCUUGAGUGUGUGUGAACGUGUGUUUUUAUGAGAGACAGCGAGAUGCUCGAUCGGACUUCUACUUUGUUCUGGGAAAUCUAGAUAGAAAUUUUUUAAUAUUUUUCUUUUCGUGAACAAUAUUUUUUAUAUGCU